ACCGAGGCGUGGCCGCCUAGCCGCCUCUAAAUAUAAAUGCUGACCUCAUCUCCAGAUAAAAAAAAAAACACGCACGCCCCCCAACCACCGCUUUCUGAGCAUCCCGAAAGUCGCGACCUCUCGGCGGAUUUGGGAUUUCGGAAGCGCGCAAGGUAAGACGAAGUUUUCUCAUGGCUCGUACUAAGCAGACUGCUCGCAAGUCCACUGGAGGAAAGGCUCCAAGGAAGCAGCUAGCCACCAAGGCUGCACGUAAGUCUGCUCCCACAACUGGAGGAGUGAAGAAGCCUCACCGUUACCGCCCUGGGACUGUUGCCCUUCGUGAGAUCCGCAAGUACCAGAAGAGCACUGAGCUGCUCAUCAGGAAGCUGCCAUUCCAGAGGCUUGUUAGGGAGAUUGCCCAGGAUUUCAAGACUGAUCUGCGUUUCCAGAGCCAUGCGGUGCUUGCUCUUCAGGAGGCUGCAGAGGCGUACCUGGUGGGUCUCUUCGAGGACACCAACCUGUGUGCCAUCCAUGCCAAGCGGGUGACUAUCAUGCCCAAGGACAUUCAGCUGGCUAGGAGGAUCCGUGGCGAGAGGGCUUAGGUGCCUUGCCUCUGGGAAUGUCUCUGGUGUGCAUGUGUGUUCCGUGUGUUUACUUUUGCUGCUGAACACUUACCGUGUGUCAUCAACAGUAUUACUAAUACUAGUCAUCUGUAGUAGGAUGUCAGUGCCGUACUCUGUUUCUAUGUCUUAGAACUGGUCCUUCUGUUUGUUUGGUCGUCCUAAUGCAUCCCCUGUUGGGUGUUAUUCUAGAUCGUGUCUGAACCUUGCGUCUGCCUGUCAAAAUUUGAAAUCGUGUGAACUGUUACAAUAUUAUGUUCGUCCCCCUUUAUCUGUAAUUGUCAGUUGCGAGUA